UUAUGUAUAAUAUUGCACUGAACAACUUAGAACUAUAGCAGUUUCAAAAUAUGUAUAGCACUAACUAACUCUAAAGAGGUAAAGACGUCGAGUUCACCUGUAUAUUUUUUUAAUUAUACAGAGUGUAGUGUUUAAACUGUACCUAAUCUACUGGACUAUUGGAAGGAAAACUAAAUAAUUUAUUAUUACUCACCUACUUACACGUGUAUAAGUUAAGCUACCUACACACGAUUUUACCGAUGGGUAUGAAAUUUUGCAGUUGUGUAUCCAUAACAUUUUUUUAAAUGAAGUGAUUCUAGUCCCCUUUAAUUAAAAGCCUAGCCAAGGUGACAAUUGUUGCUAGAAAACGCCAAUCGAAAUUUAAAUAAUAAUGUAAUAUAGACAUAGACAGACUAAUAAUAACAAACUAGCCCCAUCAAAAAUUACCUCUUAAGCCCCGAACUGUUCCCUACCUGGCCCGAACGUGCCAAAUUGGGCCAACUGCAUUGCCACGCUGAAUACGAAUAACUAAGGAUAUCAUGCGGAAUCGCUCCCGUCGCGAGAAAUGCUGUUACAUGCGAGUAGAGAAGACAUGUUAUAUUUUUGCCAUAAUUAAUGUGGUCAUCGUCGGCCUCUCUGCCUUGGCCUGCAUCUCCACAGAGGCAUUGAUCGUGACCAGAGUAGCAAUUAGCUUCAUUCAGAACAACUUCUCCCAAUUCUUGCCGACAUGGAUAGUUAUAUUUCCCAUUUACACUGUUGCCUGUUUUCUGACGUUUAUUACUGGAGUAUUUUCAAUAUUAUUGCUCCAAGGAAUUCGUUUAAAUAAGCCUAAACUGGUGUUCGCGUAUCUGUUUUUUGGCUUGAUCGUGGAAACAAUAAUGAUCUUUGCUACUAUCAUCGCCACAGCCUUUAUCACGGUAGCAUCAAGAAGGCCUGGACAAAAUUGUUACCUUAUAAAUAGCGUUAUAGCCCUGGCUUUUGUUAUAUGUGUGAUAUAUGGAUGCAUCUUGUGGUUCGUGCGAAAGACUUACAUUGUACUAUUAUCAAGAAAUCAGAAUAACAUAUUGAAUGAACAGACUAUGCUCUAUAUUUGUAACGAAUAUUUACCUACCCUAGAUAGCCAACUAUCUUAAAAUGUUUUUUUUUAUGGAGGUAAAUCAUAUUUAAAGUGGAUUGCAUUUGUACUUAAGUACUGAGUAGGUCAUUUCUUAUUUGUAAGUAUUUUUUCCGUGACAAACGAUGUAAUGAACAAUGUACUUAUGUAAGUAAAAACAGUUUACUAAAAA